AUGAUCUGGACCCUGUCCAUUCUUAUUCCAUUGCCGACAGCACUAAAGGCCCGAGCGACCAAAUACGUGAAUCACACCUCAGCCCCUGAAUAUUGCAUUGAAAAAUGGGAGAAAAAAGAUAUUCACCUGCUUUUCGGCAUCACUAUCCUCACCCUGCAGUAUUUCCUGCCUCUUUUGAUUCUUAUUUUUACCUAUGGCAGCAUCAUCGUUGUUAUGUGGGUAAAAAAGACCCCAGGCGAGGCCGAAUCCACCCGGGACCAUCGGAUGAAAGAGUCGAAGAAGAAGAUUUUUAUUGCUGGUUAUAUUUUCUCUCUCUCUCUCUCUCUCUCCUUCUCUCUCUCUCUCUCUCUCUCUAUCUAUCUAUCUAUCUAUCUCAUAUCAAAUCUGUCGGUGGGCGUCAAUCUGUGGUUACUUCAUACUCUCCUUAAUCCUACAAUGGCCAAGGUGCCGAUUUCGACGCCUUCACUUGUUCAAUGCCGUGAUGGUUUCCUAUAUAAAAGCCGUCGACCGUUCUAG